AUGGACUUAUGCAUAAGGUGCUCUGAAGACGUCUCCAGCUCGCUAGAACGAUUGCACACAAUGGGAUACACCUACUGUGCUGUAGAACAUUAUGUGAAAGCCCUUGCAGACCUAAAAAUGUGUCCAAAAAUAGACUACUAUGCUAGCACAGCUACCUUCAAUGGCCCCGCAGAAAUGCUAUCUGAGUACCAGUGCGCAGACGGAAAGACGCCAUUGCAUGUAUCUCAUCAGCUUUCUGGACGACAAUUGACCAUUCUGUCUCGCGUUACAUUAGACGCAAAUUGCACUCAGCUGCAGGGGAGGCACAGCUCGCCAGAGAUCCAAGCAUACGAUAUCAUAGGUGUAAGGGUGCACACCGAUGAUCAAAUAAGACAGGCAGUGAGGCUUCCCAUAGAUGUAGUGCAGAUAGCAGCAGGAGCGAAGAUACGCUACUCCCAUUCGUUACUCCGUGAAUUAUAUGACAGUGGGCUAACCGUGGAGCUGGUAUUGGAGGACGACGUUUCUGGGAAUGUAUACCACGCCUUUCACUUGAACAGAUGCAUAAGAAACAAACCAAUUCUGCUGUCAUCCGGUGGCAGAGUCCAACCCGUGCUGCACACAAUAGAGCAGUGCAAGAAACUAUACAAGCUUAACACACGCCAUAUCUGGCUUGCUGGGCGCCGAGUCCUCAGUCGAUCUGCCGCCAGGAAGCAUCGUAAUAAUUUCUGCAACACCAGGUUUUCGUGA